UAUACGUACAGUAUACAUUCCACAGUCAUCAUCUUCCAAAGUCACUACCUAAGUUUUACUCAUUUCUCUGUUCAGCACUGAACAAAUUGAUCCAAUAAAAAACAUUAUUUUAUUUUCAGAUAUUGUUAAUUAUUUAGGUAGAGAGCCAUGUUAAGCAACAACAAUAACACCAGCGCCACUCCUUCUUCUUCCUCCGAGCCCUUCCCCACUUUGGAUGAUGGCAGCAACAGCAAGCGGAAGCGCCGCCCUGCCGGCACUCCGGAUCCGGACGCGGAGGUGGUGUCGCUGUCGCCGAAGACGCUGCUGGAGUCAGACAGGUACGUGUGCGAGAUCUGCAACCAGGGGUUCCAGAGGGACCAGAACCUGCAGAUGCACCGGCGGCGGCACAAGGUGCCGUGGAAGCUGCUGAAGCGGGAGACGCCGGCGGUGCGGAAGCGGGUGUUCGUGUGCCCGGAGCCGACGUGCCUCCACCACGACCCGUGCCACGCGCUCGGCGACCUCGUCGGAAUCAAGAAGCACUUCCGGCGGAAGCACAGCAGCCACAAGCAGUGGGUGUGCGACAAGUGUUCCAAGGCCUACGCCGUGCAGUCGGACUUCAAGGCCCACCUCAAAACCUGCGGCACUCGCGGCCACUCCUGCGACUGCGGCCGCGUUUUCUCCCGGGUGGAGAGCUUUAUAGAGCACCAAGACGCUUGUAGCAUGGGCCGCAUCGGCCGGCCGGAAUCACAACCCCACGUUAAACCCACGGCUGCUCCCUGCCUAUCCCGCACCGCCUCAAGCGCAAGUCCAUCCAGCGACACCAAUCUCAGCGCCGCCGCAUCCUGCUGGCCCGGCCUCCUCAUGCCGUCAUCCCACAACAAUCCCGCGGGGACGACCACCGCUCCUAUGAACAUACUCGGCGCGUCGAGCAACAACUUUUACAACGCGCGUGAUAAACACAACCUAGAGCUUCAGCUCUUAACAACCGCAACCGCAACAGCAACAAUGUCGGGCUCCACUCCGACCCGUCGCGGGUUAUUGGACGUUCCCGCGACAUCAAAUGAAGGCGAGGAUGAUUCCACGCCAUCGCAACUAUUGCAGCUGUCGAUCGGUUCGUCAUCAUCAUCGUCAGACGCGGGAAGAUUGAGGGUGGCCAUGGCGGAGAAGGCGUAUGCCGAGGAGGCGAGGAAAGAGGCGAGGAGAGAGAUAGAGACGGCGGAGAGAGAGUUUGCUAAUGCAAAGAGGAUUAGGCAGCAAGCAAGGGAGGAUAUGGAGAAAGCUGUGGCAUUAAGGGAACAUGCCAUUCGCCAGAUUAACUCCACGCUCUCCCAAAUCACUUGCCGGGCUUGCAAACUCAAGCUUCAACCUGCCUCUCAACUAAACUAAUUAAUAAAUGAAUGAUAUUUCAUAAUGAACUUAUAAUAAAAUAAUUAUAUAUCACACAACAUAAUAUAUAUAUUAACACAUAUUAUCUGUUCCUUUUUUUAUAUUUUUGGUUUUGUGAAUUUAUGUUGAAGCUUCAAUUCAAUUCACUCCACUGUUUGUAAUAUGCCUGCUUGAUCUAAAAUGUGCCUCCCAACCACUGUUGAUAGCGAGGGUAUUAAAUUAAUGUAUCAUUAGCUUGUCAAGAAUGAGCCAAUUCUUUAUCAAGGCUUAAUUGUAUUUGUAUCCAUGUAUUAAAUUAAAUCCAAUUAUUGUUUGGGCUGUUUUAUUGAAGGCUGAUUCCUGCUUCUUAUGUUCGAACUAAAUAAUUGAAUAGUUCUUCUAUUGAAAUUUGAGAAAAUUACCUCUUA